AAAGCGACAGAUCCAGGAGGAAGAAGAGCAAGAGCACAAAUAUUAGAAGAUUAUUGAAAAUAAAAUUUUCCAUUUCGAUUCUCCGCCGAAAAAGACGACGAAAAUACGGAUUGAAAUUCGGUGUGCUUGCCCAGCGGGACGAUUAAGUGUUUGGAAAGAACGUGUAUCUAUUGAGGGAGUGUGGAAGCGGCGACGAUGGGACGGAUUUCGAGGGUGUAGGUCGUUGGGAAAUGGUUCCGAACUUGCGACGGGGAAAAUCCCUUUCUGUUGUCAUUGCUGUUGCUGGUGCGGGUCGGAAGGCGAUGAUUUGAGACGGGAUUUUUUGGAUUUGCGGUGCGCGUAGCAGAUUCCCAUCACAAGAGAAUGGGGUGCAUCAAUUCGAAGAAGGACAUAAAUGACGUACAUCCGAAUAUUUUUCACGUCAUAAACGUCGACGAUGACGGCGAGCAGUUGUGGAGUGGCCAGUUGGAGGUGUCGCGGACCGAGUUGACCCUGUAUCGGAAGGGGAAGGACCCGACGACGUGGCCACUGAAAUGCCUUCGGAGGUAUGGGUACAACGUGGACCAAUUUAGCUUUGAGGCGGGCCGGCGGUGCACGACCGGUGAAGGAAUUUACGCGUUCAAGUGCCGCCGGGCGGAGACGUUGUUCUACACGGUCCAGUCGUACAUCCAGGGCCGGAUCUACAGCGACGAAAACACAAAUCCCAACGAUCCGUACCCGAUUCCGGUGGCGUCAGCGGGGCCGGCCGUGCGGGGUCAGAGCGUUUCGCAGAACAACACGGCGACCCGCAGCGGAACCCAGUCGAAUGGGACGGGAACCGGUAACUUUGUGAUCAACCGGGGUGGGAUAACGACCAGCCAAUCGCUCAGUCCGAACGGCACGAUCCAUUCGAACUCGAACCAAAGUCGAAGCACGGACACUCUUCCAAACGAUCCGUAUCUGGAACCUUCCGGGACCAACCGGACGGGAGGACUGCCACAAACGACCGUUUCUAGGUUUCAGCAAGGGCUACGGUUAAGUUCGGUUAGCAGUGGACCGAUAAGUCCGGACGUGACGUCCCCGGGGUCACCAAACAGCGUGACAAACAUACUGGAAGUUACGACGUUGAAUCCCUUGCCAGCAUCGUCCGGUGCGAUCAACAGCGCUCACCACGGCGUCAGUAAUCUGUACCAGGAGUUUCCCAUGAUGACGAAGGACGGGACAAUCGUGACCUCAACCGUGCACCGCAUGUCGUUGGAUAUUCCACCACUGGACGAAGCUCCGGGUGUCGAAGCCGACCCGGCGACCUCCUCAACUGCCGUCGAAGCACCCGACCUGGAUCCGUCGCGGAUGUACAUGAACGUCAACAUCGCGUACAACCCGGAAAGCGUCUCCAAAGCAAAAGUGAAACCUGCCAGUAAAAGUAACUCUAGUCUAAUCUCCAUCAACAACAACGGCGGAUCGUUCGACGAGAACCAGUACCAGAACGUCAAAACGCCAACCUCGGUCGUGCCGACCAUGCUGGCGCACCUCCGCAUGAACUCGACCUACUCGAUCGACCCGACGCGCUGCUACGAAAACCUCGAACCGGGCGAAAUCAAAUCCGCCGUCAUCCCACGCGGCCGGUACUCCAAGCCGGACAUUUUCGCCAACGUGGACCUCCCGCUGGACAGUUCCGAACCGUGCACGCCGACCGGCACCGACCGCAAGGUCAACUACAUCGAGCUGUGCCUGGACGCGUCCAACUCGUCGCACAACAUCAACGCCGCGGCCGUGGUCACGUCCCCGACCGGAAGUGCUCCCACCGCGGCCAACAACAAUAUCGCAAACGGGGACCCAACCAACCCAUCGGAAGCGACCGUCAACCCCACAGCCGGUGCCGCAACCGCCGCCACCACCACCACCCCCGUCUCGUCGCAGCCGCCGCCCCUGACCGGGGCCCUGUUGCCCCCGGAGAGUCCCAAAAAGGCCUCGCUCGGGUACGCGACGAUCGACUUUACCAAAACGAACGCGCUCAGCAACUCGACCACGCCCUCGUCCGAGCUGGACAGCGAGGGCUCGCGCAAGACGCGCCACAACUCGACCGUCGCUACGCCACUGGCCCGCCAGAGCAACUCGGUUAGCGAUUAGGGGCGGCGGGGAGAAGGGGGAGGAGGAGGACAGGUAAUUUAUGGA